UAUCUUGGAAACAUUCGACGUUUCGCACUUUUCUGGAACGUUGCGGCUCUGCUGUUUGGGAAAGGGUGGAGAGAAAGAGAGAGAGAGAGAAAGAGGGACUUCUCUGUCAUUCCUUAAGCUGACGGUUCUGCAUCGGAAAGAACGGAAGAGAGAGCUUGUUUAGGUAUUUCCGUAAUUUUCAAAUCGUAUUGUUGGCAAUGGCUGCGACUGCAACUGCAUCUGCAACAGCUCCGUCCAGUGGUCCACGUUAUGCACCGGUGGACCCUACGCUUCCGAAGCCAUGGAGAGGUCUUGUUGAUGGUAGCACUGGGUAUCUUUACUUUUGGAAUCCAGAGACCAAUGUCACACAGUAUGAAAGGCCAGUUGCUUCUUCACAUGCCAGCCCGCAUGUGCCUCAGAAGCCUUCUAUGACCCCUAUAAGUUCCUCAGUCCAGACUCAGCAAUCUUCUCAAGGACAACAUAAUAAUAGUGGCAGUGAAGAAGAUCUGCAAUACCAUGGAAAUGCUAUUGGUGGGUCAAAACUUGCAACAUCUCCUAGAUCAAGGGAUCAUCAGCAGAUUUCAAAAGGUAGCAGUGUAUAUUCACAUCAAGUCCUGAAUGGGCCUAGUGCACAGGCUGCAAAGUCAUCAAGCAGAGGGCAUGGGUCUUCAGAUACGGGGAGUGGUUCAUCUGCAGAGUCCUAUCGCCGACAACAUGAAAUAACUGUUUCUGGAGUUAAUGUGCCUGCUCCUUUUACAUCAUUUGAAUCUAGUGGUUUCCCUGCAGAGAUUCUUAGAGAGGUACAUAAUGCUGGGUUCAGUGUGCCAACUCCAAUUCAGGCCCAGACAUGGCCUAUCGCUCUUCAAAGUCGUGAUAUUGUAGCUAUUGCCAAGACAGGCUCGGGGAAAACCUUAGGCUACCUAGUUCCAGGGUUCGUUAAUCUUAAACGCUGCCGUAAUAAUUCUCAGCUGGGUCCAACUGUUUUGGUACUCUCACCAACUAGGGAAUUGGCUACACAGAUACUAGAUGAAGUGGUGAAGUUUGGCAGAUCAUCAAGAAUCUCAUGCACGUGUUUAUAUGGAGGGGCUCCAAAAGGUCCCCAGCUUAGGGAUCUAGAACGAGGAGCAGAUAUCGUGGUUGCUACUCCUGGCCGUCUGAAUGAUAUUCUGGAAAUGAAGAAAGUUAGUCUACGUCAAGUUUCAUACCUGGUGCUUGAUGAGGCAGACCGUAUGCUAGACAUGGGUUUUGAACCUCAAAUACGGAAGAUUGUUAAUGAGAUACCUGCGCGUCGACAAACUCUCAUGUACACUGCAACAUGGCCAAAGGAGGUCCGUAAAAUUGCGGCAGAUUUGUUGGUUAAUCCAGUUCAGGUUAACAUUGGCAACAUAAAUGAGCUUGUUGCCAACAAAUCUAUCACUCAGUAUGUUGAAGUCGUAGCAUCCAUGGAGAAGCAAAGGCGGUUAGAGCAGAUACUGCGUUCUCAAGAACCUGGGUCUAAAUGCAUUGUCUUCUGCUCUACCAAGAAGAUGUGUGACCAGCUUGCUCGUACUAUAGGCCGCCAGUUUGGAGCUGCUGCCAUUCAUGGAGACAAAUCUCAGAUCGAGAGGGAUAAUGUUCUGAACCAAUUUCGCAGUGGGAGGUCUCCUAUUCUUGUAGCAACUGACGUUGCUGCUCGAGGCUUGGAUGUUAAAGAUAUCAGGGUGGUCAUAAACUACGACUUCCCCACUGGAAUUGAAGAUUAUGUGCACAGGAUUGGAAGGACUGGAAGAGCUGGUGCCACUGGAAUGGCUUACACAUUCUUAGGUGAACAGGACGCAAAGCACGCAUCAGAUCUUGUAAAGAUUUUGGAAGGGUCAAACCAAAGAGUUCCACCAGAGAUCCGUGACAUGGCUUCACGCGGUGGUGGGAUGGGCAGGUAUCGACGCCAGUGGGGGUCCUCUGGAUCAGGUGGGAGUGAUGGAGGCCGUGGUGGAUACAAUGAUUCCGGCUUUGGUGGAAGGGGUAGUAGGGGGGGCCCUCCAUCUUCAGGCAGGUCAGAGAGAGGAGGUCGUGGACAUGACCGUGAUCUUCGUGACAGGAAUGACCGAGAUUACAAUGAUGGGAAUGAUGUGAAUGCAUGGGGUGGUUAUGAGAGGAGUUAUCCUGCAAGUAGUAGUGAUCAUUGUGUCCGUAGCCGUAGCAGGAGCCCUAACAGAGGCUAUAGCGGUAGUGUUGAUAGAAAUGAUGGUGCCCCACCUAUUUGGAGACAUUCUAUUGCGGUAAUGAAGGAUUCACCACAUGGACAAGGAUCUGUGUAUCCAGAUCAUUCAUCAUCUGUACACAAUCGGAGUCUCGGGGGUGAAAAUUCACAAUCCCUAUCUGAUGGGAGAGAGAACACAAGGGGAUCUUAUGAUCCAGCGCAGCAGUGGGUGGGAUCACCCCAUCAAGGAGGAGGUAAUGUCCAACCUUCUCCACUCAGGGGCGAAGAAGAUGAAGAGCAGGAUGACAUGAUUGCUCCAAACGAUGACGAGGAAGUUGUGAUUUUGGAGGAGAGGGAUGUUGGUGGCUGGAGUUAAUUCCACUGAUGACGGACCAGCGUGAGAUUCACUUUUUGUUUUCUCAUAUUAAUGCAUAUUAAGGGUAAAGUUGCUUAUGCCUGUGGCAUAUAUAUGUGACCCUACUGGGGUUUAUCCUUUUGUUUUGUAUGCCUCUCUCUGGGGUUCUUUCCUGAUGGUUUUUUGGAGAUGACGAUUCCAGGUAAUAUAUUUUUGGGUAAUAGCUGAAAAUAGCUACUCAGUGUAACUGCACGGGAAACGGGCGUGGGUAGCCCACAAACUUGAUGACGGCUAAUAUUAUAUUGUGUACUUGUUCUUCUGUAUACAGUAAAAUCAAGAAAUCCUCUCGCAUCCUCCC